AGUAUGGCUUCAUCGAAGUCUUUCAUAAAGGCCAACAGCCAAAGCGAGAUUUCAACAAGCAGCAAAAAGCUGGACCGUCUAAACUCACUAAGAGGUUCUGUUCUCAGCGAGCCUCUCAUUGAGGACACUUUCGGACCUCUUAGCAACGUUAGAUUCGCUGUAUUUGCCCUGGGUUCGAGCGCCUACCCCAACUUCUGUGCGUUCGGCAAGUACGUGGACAACCUUCUGGGGGAGUUGGGUGGAGAACGCCUGAUGAAGCUAGCCACCGGCGAUGAGCUGUGCGGACAAGAACAGGCUUUCAGGAAAUGGGCACCGCAGAUAUUUCAGGUUGCCUGUGAAACAUUCUGCCUCGACGACGAUGAUACCAUCCUUGAAGCUACCAAUAGACUACAGAGCGAAUCUCUGACGUCACAAAAUGUUAGAUUUAUUGAAUCUCAAGCUACAUCUCUAGUCACGGGACUAGCUAAGUGUCAUAGUAAGAAGGUAACAGCUACACCGCUGAAGAAAAGAACGAAUCUCCAUGGUGAAAACUCGGCAAAAGCUACCCUUCUGCUGGAAUUCAAAAGUAGCCUGGCAUACAAACCUGGUGAUCACUUGGGGGUAUUUGCUAUGAACAGUCCAGAAAUAGUAGAUAAGAUUAUAAAGAGGCUUAAAGGGGUUACGGAUCCUGAUGUUCCGGUAGAGUUACAAGUCCUACAGGAGACACAAACGUCGAAUGGAGUCAUAAGGAAUUGGAAACCACACGAGAGGAUACCUUCAUGCUCAGUUCGAGAGCUUUUUAGUCGAUAUUUGGAUGUUACAACUCCCCCUACACCUAAUCUCCUACAACACUUUGCUUCGAUAGCAGUUGAUGAGGAAGAACAGAAGAAACUUAAUCUAUUGGCCACAGAUUCUGCGGCAUACGAAGACUGGCGACAUUGGAAUUUCCCAAACCUGCAAGAAGUACUGGAAGAAUUUCCUUCAGUUUCACCUUACGCUCCUUUGUUGGUAGCUCAACUUAGUAUUUUACAACCGAGGUUCUACUCUAUUUCGUCCAGUCCAGCAAUGCAUCCUAAUGAAGUACAUUUGACUGUAGCUGUAGUUGUAUAUAGAACACAAGAUAAUACUGGGCCAACACACUACGGAGUAUGUUCUAAUUAUUUACAGGAUGUUCCUAUAAAAGACGAUGUCUACGUAUUUGUUAGAAGUGCUCCCAGUUUCUACUUGCCAAGUGAUUCCACGAAACCAAUCAUUCUUGUGGGCCCAGGCACGGGCAUAGCGCCUUUCAGAGCAUUCUGGAGUCACAGAUACGUUCAAUUGAAACAAAAACAGAAAUUAGGUAAGAUGUGGCUGUUCUUUGGCUGUAGAACGAAGGACAUGGACCUUUAUAAGGAAGAAAAAGCGAAUAUGGAGAGAGCUGGGGUGCUGGAAAGGGUAUUUUUGGCACUGAGUCGGGAGCCCAACAUACCAAAGACAUACGUACAAGACCUGAUCAGCAAGGAAGGAGCCGAGAUCUACAGGUUAAUAGUGAUGGAAAAAGGACAUUUUUAUGUUUGCGGAGACUGUACUAUGGCUGAUAAUGUCUACCAGACGUUGAAAUCUAUUAUACAAAAAUAUGGAGGAAUGAACGAUAAUCAAGUGUUAAGUUACAUGAUGUCACUUAGGGAUGAAAACAGAUACCAUGAAGACAUAUUCGGCAUCACCCUACGCACUGCAGAGGUCCACAAUCGAUCAAGAGAAUCCGCAAGAAUAAAAAUGGCAACCCAACCCUAACAACAGUACCCAGAUGCUAUUAACCAUGUACUAGACUAUCGACAUUUGCAAUUUUAACUCUUCUACAUUUGAAACUAUGCGUACCUAUUAACUAACGUUGCUGAAAGUUUGCUUUACUGUUUAUAUUAUAGAUAUUUUUUAUAUCUUACAGUUGCAUUUUAGAAUAGAGGGAUAUUUAAAUAUAACGAUUGUUACAGAUUUCAUAUAUUUUACAGGAAAUAGUAUCUAUUAUUCGGUUAUAGAGUUCAUGAUUGCUGUUUAUGAAACACUACGGAACGUGUAGGUCGCGUCACACAUAAAGCAACCAAAUUUUCCAAGCAUACAGGUUGGCUGAUAAUUUACUUAUGUCAUUCAAGUUACAAAACAUCAUCGGAAGUUUAUAGCAUUACUUAAAAUCGCGGGUAACAGCUAGAGCAAAAUAAAACGUCUGCAUCGCUUGACAGUUGAUUGGGGCGAUGACAGGCCGCGCUGAUGCCGGCUUGAGGCUGAGGCCGCGCUGUUGCCGGCUUGAGGCUGACGGUGAAAAUUUUGGUACUUGCCAUUGCAAAAUAGUUCGGGGAUAAAAUCAUGCCUACAGCCUUUGUCCGGUCAUUAUAAAUAUGUGUAAAAUGUUUGUCCCUCCAUAUUGUGGUUUAGACAUGCUGACAGUCUAGACAGACAUUCGCAUUUAUAUAGAAUUGUUUGAAAUUGAUAAUUUAAAAAAUCCAUAACCGUGAAUUUAGCAUUGUAGCUUGAAUUGUUGAUAAAAAUAAUCCCAUCGAGUCAUGUUUGAUUUAUAUCUUUUGAGUACAGAUUGUAUUGCAAGAAAAUAUUAAAAAAAUUAAGAUCACCUGUAAUAAAAAAUGUACCUAUACCUCGCUACUCUAAGCUAUGUGAUUGUUUUUAGAGUUUGCUUGCCGCGUUGUAGUUUAAAUCGUUCGUACAGUCAUAGUCGGUCAUCUGUGCUUUCAUUUAUUGGCCAAAUUGAGACGGACACUGUUUCAAAAGUCAUAGUAAGCAUACACUUGCUGAAAAUGGAAAAAUAUUGUUAAAAAAUAUCAAUCUUCAUCAUUUCUGAUACGGGCAGCAAUCAUGGACGCUUUUUAUCUGUUAUUUUAUUGGACAAGGAACAAUCACAUAUUUAUAUUUUUUCACAUGUUACGAAAAAAUAUUUUGUUAAUGCGUUUACUUUUAGCUGAAAAAUGAUACUUUACGCUGUUGAUAUAAUACUUGAAGAUUGAAAAUCGGCGUAUUAAAAUGCACAAAUUUAACUUUUUACAUAUACGCACAUUUAAGAAUAUAAGGAUAUUGAAGAGAAAUAUUGAGAUCGCCACACUUUUAAAGGAUGAGGUUUAAAGAUUUCAUUUAAUUAUAACCAAAUUCCUACAAAGGAAAAUAGAAAUGGACUGCAUCUGAAAAGCUCAGGAUGCAAAUCAAUUUGAGAUUCAAUAAUAGUUAAUAAAGUUUUUGAGGAAACAUUUGAUUUUUCACAACAUCACUUUCAUAUUAGACGAAAAUACCCCUUCUUGCGAAAUAAUUUCGUAUUUGUGAGUAAUUCGCAAUAAAAGAUAAAAGACAUAUGUUUGAAUUUGUUUAGAACAAUAAACGUAACCCUUACUUUUUUGCAUAAAAAUAACAUUUAUCUUCCGGAAUGGUUUGAGAUUCAUAUAGGUAAGGUAAACUAGUGUAUUUUGCUAUAAAAUGUCAUUUGAAAUAACCCUGCAUAUUGCUCAAUAAACUAGUUGUGAUGGCCGGAAACAGGUGUUUUGGGAUAAACAAUUAGAAAUUCUCAAAAAACUACUUGACCAAUACUCCAAUUUUGUUAUUGUCAUUUAGAAGUAUGCAUCCUACGGAUUUUGAAGAAUUUCAAGUAGUUGCGUGAAAUUAUCGUCGAAUGACCAACAAGUGUCAAAACCUGCAUUUUGCCUCGUUUUUCGGACAUUACAUUUUUGCUAUUAGUCGGAGCUUUUUACGUAUUUUGUAUGACCUAAAAAUCUUAUAUGGAAAGUUUUUUCGUUCAUGUCGACACUUUCGAUUGCAUCCCAAAAAAAAACACUUCUUCUCAUUAUUUGCUGUCAAAUAAAAAGUUUUCCCACAAAAAAUUGUGUACCCGUUUUAUGCGUCUAUGUUUUGAAUACCCCCUUGAACAACUUGCAGCAAUAAAACCAGACUUUACAAUUAUUUCGAGGAAAUUUGCUAAUAUGAUUAGUCUAAAUCUCGUUGCGAUCUCAAUAAGUUCUUCAUUUUGGUUAUCACAAAAAAAUAGUGUCAACCAAAUCAAAUAUUAAUAUCAAAUAGAUAUCUAACUUUUUAUAUUACGUAGCACCCCUUGAAGUCUGUGGUGAAGCUUUUUUUUUAAGACUGGUCAAUUUUUCGUACGUCAAAUUGUAAAUACCACCAAAAAUGUCGUUAAAAUGUUUUGUAAAUAUACUGUACAUACAAACAUUGUGUAGUGUCCACGCUACCAAACUUUUUGUGAUAACCAUAAAAAUAUUUUAUCUCUCUUUGGACGCCAAUUUUGUAACCGGCACUUGGCAUGACAACUGUAUUAGGCUAUCCAGUGAGAAAUGAUCUUUCCCUACACUCUCCACAAUAACGCUUCCUUGGGGAGCAUUCAACAGUUUCCAAAAUUUAGAAAAAUUUAGGAACUUUCAAAAUUCUGAAAUUUUCAAAACCUAAAAUAUGUUCAAAAUUUGGAAAAUUCACAAAAUUUUUAAAUGUUCUCAAAGCUGUCCAAACUUCCAAUGCAAAUGUUACUUCCUCAAGGAAUCGUUACUAUCUGCUUAAAAAGUAGAGAUCAUUCCUCAAACUCGUCUAGAUCCUCAAUGAACGUCUACAAAUAAGACCCUUAUUGAUGAUCCAAUAUUUCAAAAAGAAAACAAACGUUUGACAGGUUGCUGGGUCACCUAACUUAAUUGUUCUGAAGUCUCCAGUCUUCUCAAACGUCUAAUAUAGGCUCUGUGAUUCAUACUUAUAUGAGGUGCAUUGUUAUCUUACUAAAAAUGAGUUUACGAGUUCAUCAUUGUUCAAAAUUUAAUGUACCAGGAAAAACAGACUAGACAAAGUAAAGAUCAAACAAUACAAAGUUAAUAAACGAUACAGAAUUUUGAGAGUUGACUAUUGGUUUGCGUCGCACAGUGGUCUAUUUAUGCGAAAACCUGACAAAAAUAAAAAAAACAGAAUCGAAAAUGAUUACCUAUUUCAGAGUAACACCUUAAGCAACAAGUUUGACACAUAAUCUCGCUUGCUCUACUUUUAUUAGACUAUUUAAACGUGAUGUUUUAGACUACCUUUUAACGGCAAAGCUUCUGUAUCAUUCGUUGUGUCGUCUUAAUAAACAGAGUCAACCUUCAUUUGACGUAAUCGAAACCUACCAUCAUUGGUGUUUUCGUGUACACCGUGUAUGAACCUAGAAGUACUGCGAGAUAAAAUCUAGUGUCAGCCAUUGAAAUAUAUAACCUUAUAUUAUGGCAGAUGGUCGGAAACGGUUAUUCAACUUUUUUUAAUGUUUCCUUAAAAUACCCUUCAAAUGUUUUCCUAUAGACAAACUGCUCAGAUUUUGACUCAACGAUCGCAAAAUUCUAUACACAUAUCUGGACUUGAAUGCUAGGCUUUUUUAAUUCCCUCUUGAAACGACUUUCAGAUGGCCUCAGUGAGCAAUUGACCUCUUAUUCGAACUUAGUAACCAGAAAAACUUGAACGAUGUGCUGUGUUGGGCUCAAAUGCUUGCUUUUGGAAAUGUUUAUGACAUGACCUUGAAAUCAAAUUCCUUAUAACUAACCCCUGAUGACAAAGCAGCGGACCCAAAGACCAUGUUUUAUUUAAAAUCUUAUUAUUUGUAUUUUUUGGCAGCUUUUCGGUAUUUCAGACCAGUGUACGUCGUGCAACAACGGAAAAGUCAAAGAUAUUGGAAAUCAUUUUAAGAUUGGUGUUAAACUACAGCUCUUACGACUUUGAACGUAUGAGAUAACAUGUGUUUUUAGAGAUAUUCUUAGUAAAGCAAAGCAAUGCACUCCGUAUAUUCAAACUUUAUCUAUUGUGAUUUAAAUCUAUCUCUUUACCUUGAUGUUGUACAUUAAAACAAUUGAAAUCAUCGAAUUUACGCAUAUAUCCAUUUGAAAAAUAAACAUAUUGAC